GCUGCUGGCAGUGAGUUAUAGCCACUGGCAGGAAGGUAUAAAUUCAGGCGCAGGGAGCAGGGCUGUUGAGCAACAUCCUGGCCUUGAUUUAAUACACUGCUCCAGGCAAUACACUGGGAUGCGAGCAAACACACAGGUUUGUAAACAAAGCUCUCUGCCCCUCACAGCAAACAGAGGGAGUAUCAAGGAUUUCAUUCCACAGCUAAAGGACUAUGAUCUCUUUUCUUAGGAAGACAGCAGCUUCGCACACACAAGCAUGAGAGCCCGGCGGCUGAUCUCCAUGACCCACCUGCCUACGAUCAGCGAGACGGGGGAGAUGCUGUUUUUGGGAAGGAGCCACGCCCAGGCCGAGGAGCCCCUGGCUGGGCUGGAUGAGUACGUUCAGUCCAUUAGCCAGCUGGCCCAGCCAUCCUCGCUGUCCAGCGGGCUCCCAUGUCCUUGCCAGAACAGCCAGAACAAGCCUCACAAGCCCCAAAGGGCACGGGCGAAAGUGGCCCAGAGUGGGGUCGCACUCCCCAGCCCUGAGAAGGUGCAGGACAAUGCAGCAUCACUGCAGGACAUCACAGCUCAGUUCAACCAGCAGCACAGCCCCAUGGGGCUCACUGGCUGCACUGACCCUCUAGCCUGGCUCUUUGGACUCUCAGAAGCAAAGGAACAGAGCCCAGGACUGUGGAGACGAGUGAGUCCUGCUCCCUGCUCCUCCCAGACGGCCACCGACACAGGCUGCCCAGCAGCCCCUCAGCAGACAGCCCGGGGGAACCUCAGUGCCCCCAGCGACCCUAGCAGCGCAGCCCAGAAACUGAGCAGCCCAGCCCCACCUCUGGAGCGGAGAUGCCGCUGGCAGCGAUCGCGCAGACGUCCAGCUUUUCCCAGCUGUGUGGUGAGGGGUAGGCCCAGCCGGGCCCAGAGCACUCGCCUACCUGUCAUCUAUGAAUUGUGAUGGACUCUAAUAAAACUCACUUGUAAACAGUGCUCCGUGCAGCUGUUCCCUGGGGGUCACUGCCCGGGCGCCCAGCCCCAGGACCUGCCUGGACUGUAUAGACACACACCGCUCAGCGAACAGCACCCCAUACCUCUUACCAGCCCCACACCUCUCUGGCCAGGGGCCCAAGCCUGCCCAGCAGUCAGACUCUGCCAGGGGUCUCCUCACAGCAGACAGGCACUCAGAGGGCCGGGCACAGGGUGCAAACAGUGCUUUCCAGGUGGGUAGAAGGAUGUUGUCCUGAGUGGCGGGCACACAGGCCAGUAGGAGCUUCGGCGGGCACGAUCCUGGCUCAGUCCAGCUUUGUGCUGGGGGCUCCCGUCCUUCCCGGCUCAACAAAGAGAUUAAGUGGAGCGCAGUGCUCAGCAACUACCCCUGUGCAUCUCUGUCCUGACACUGCAACGCUGUCCUGACCCCCUGAUCCCACUCUGCCCAGACACUGCACUGCCCUCCUGGCCCCUCAUCCCCCUCUCUGCCCUGACACUGCACUGCCGCCCUGGGUCCCCCUGACCUCCAUUGCACCACUUUCCCCCACCCUACCCUGACACUGCACAGCCGCCCUGGGUCCCUCUGGCCUCCCACUACACUGCUUUCCCCCACCCCUCCCUGACACUGCAUUCCUGUCCUGAGUCCCUCUGGCCUCCCACUGCACCACUUUCCCCCACCCUGCCCUGACACUGCACAGCCGUCCUGGGUCCCUCUGGCCUCCCACUGCACCACUUUCCCCCACCCCGCCCUACCACUGCACUGCUGCCCUGAGUCCCUCUGGCCUCCCACUACACUGCUUUCCCCCACCCCUCUCUGACACUGCAUUCCUGUCCUGAGUCCCUCUGGCCUCCCACUGCACCGCUUUCCCCCACCCUGCCCUGACACUGCACUGCUGCCCUGGGUCCCCCCAGCCUCCUUCUGCCCUAACACUGAACUGUCCCCCACAGCUCCCCCAUCCCCACCCUGACUUUGCAUUGCCACCCUGGGUCCCCCAGGCCUCCUUCUGCCCUGACAUUGCACCAUUUUCCCCAAGCACCAUCGCUGCCCUGACACGGUACCACUGCCCUGGCGCCUUCUCUGCUCUGAAACUGCACUGCCACCCAGGCCCCGCUCGCACCUUCUUUGUCCCAUGCUGGCAGGUGACAUGUAGAUUGCAAUCUCCCAUGCUGAUGAGGUUGUGAUGGAGUAGGGGCUGUCUGCAUGGGGGAUGGGAGAGCAGGGGAGGACUUUAGGUGAUGGA